UGCUGCUAAGUGAACAGUUUUAAAAUUUAUGAAACUGUAAAAAAUUCGAAGAAAAAUGGCUCAACAAAUAAACAAUGUGGAUGUGGACGAAGCUAUUAUUUUGCUAGUUAAAGAAAGGAGUUUUUUAUAUGAUAAAUCAUCAUUUAGUUAUAAAAAUAUUGAUAAAAAAAAUCAUGCAUGGGAGGAGAUAGCAGCAGAAGUGGCGAAUUUAACAGGGAGAGAAAUACAAUCAGACAAAGUGAUUAAUAAAUGGGAAUAUUUUAAAACGAAAUAUAUGGAGCAACGAAAAGAAAUUGCAUCUUAUAUUCCAUCAGGAUCAGCUGCAAGUGAAAAUAAAGAAGUAACAUGGAAAUAUUAUAAUUCCAUGAUGUUUUUAGAGAAACAUGUUAAUCAUCGAAAGACAGAAAAUGAGGAAGACAAUGAGGAACCAAUAACCUACAAAAGUCAAGAUUACUUAUUGGCUAUUAAACAAUCAUGGGACAAAGUACCUGAAGAAAACAGGAAACAAUGUUUCCUACAAUUGCAGCAACUCAUGAACAAAAAAAUAAGCACAUACAGUAAUAAAUGA